CCGUCCCCUCCCACCCCAGGCUUCUCAACGUCACAGGGGUAUUUGCACGCCUUCUCCAAGGCGACCGCCAUCAAAACGGCCAAUGAUCGUAUGCCACUGCACUUCAGAUUUUUCUUCUUUUCGCGCUAAGUCGAGAUCACGCCAGUUGCUUUCGUGCUUCAUGUUCGUUCGCCUUGUUGCCGCGUGAGGACGGGUAUAAAUUCCCACCGCUCUCCCCCUCUUUCCCUCUUACCAUCCUGACCUCUUGACCGCAGACUUCACGCUCCUUUCCUGCAACACGCGCCUUUGUCGUUCUUUCAACCCACGCCAACGCAUUCCAAUAUUUCCCAAGCGUCCAUCGUGCUCUCAUUACCGCGAUGGCUUCCUACCCACAGUCUUUCGACCUGUCCCAGGCAUCCACCCCUCGAAGCCCACAACCUCCCGUUCGUGACCCGUCCAAGACGGUCAUGAGUGCUGUCGGGAAUCCCUAUCUCCCGGGAAGCGACUGGGAGUGUAUCCCACCUCAAAGCAAAGCUGGCCCCGAGACCAUUGGCAGUCAGACUACUGCCUCUAUUGUUGAUGCAGCUGCGUUCAACAACACCGCUGGCCACGCCCAGAGUGGUCUAAUCCAAACAAACGUCGAAGCCCUCAACGCAUUGGACAGCGAUCCAGUCUCGAGUGCUCACAAGGCAAGCGGCUUCGCAACCUCCAACGUCAACAUGGACGUGACGAGCACCGGCGACACGGCAGCUCUACCCGAGCAGCCAGAAGACAAGCAUCCAGGAAGCUCAGACAGCAAAUCCUGUGACGCUAUCACCCUCUCCCAUGUGGGAGACUGGGCCAAGGAUCAGUAACAUGAACCAAGAAUAACCGAUUCGAAAAUAGUCGAGUCGGACGAUGAGACGAGCAUACCUACAACGAUGUCACUCGAUAUAUAUCACUCGAUAUAUAUCAACCUCAAUAGCCGAAGCUAUACCGGCUCCAGUGGCAUGUGAAACAGUCUCAUCGAGAUGAACCCCAGAAAGACCAUGAUAAAACGUCUUCCAAUACAAAAAUCGAAACAAAAAAAAAAGUUGAAGAACACACGAACGAGAUUUAGAAUAAAAAUAAAGACAAGAGACGACAAUGAAGAAGCGGUGAUGAAAAGGCCGGUCGGCGAUUUUGCCAUUUGCACACCGGUCUUUCCUCCCAGCUUCUCUUUCCCCUGUAAGAACGUUGUGUUGGCUUAGUCAACGAUUCUCAUCGGCCAUCGUCCGACUUGAGCCAUGGCCCUUUGAUUUCUUUUCUGUUUUUCUUUUUGUUUAACCCCGGAGGAUAUCAAUUGAUAAAAAAAAAAAGAAAGAAAACGCGAUUCCCACGAACAAGAAUAUGGCGCAAGAGAGGCCUUUUUUCACCCUGGACCAUACACAUGUAUUUCUAUAGAUUGAGCAUUAGCCUAGAGAAUGGAUAGGCACAUCAAUCACAUCACACAUCACACAACAUAGUACCUACAUACUUGAAUCUAAUGUCCUUGACCCCAUCGUCAACUGUGCUCUGCUCUAUUACUUUCCGCCCAAGGCCGUCAUCCUUCCCCGUGUAACACAACAACAGCCCGUGAAACACACCAUCAAUCACAUGAAAAUAAAAAUCAGGCAUCCAUCCAUCUAAUUACGAAAUAAACCGAUUGACGCCCAAUUUCCUCCCAUCAGCCCAAAACCCCCAUCCGACAUAUACUGUAUUCUCUUCCGACCCCAUGCCUGUACGUGACGAAAAAAAAAAAAGUCAGUCCACAUGAAAAACACUCCCCCCCUUGCAGGGAUACGACACAAGCAAGGUCCCAAGGCUGGGCGCAAAAAAAAAAAACCUCCGAUUUUCUCCUCCUCCCCUUUUUAGAAAAGAGUCCCACGCAAUCGAUCGAGCGCGCGCCUCGUAUCCCCAAAAAAAAGUCAAUCGGAUCGAACACGAGCUUUAAAAAACACGAGGGAACCAGUUUGCUAGCUUUUGAGCCUUGUUUCUCGGCUGACGAUCCGAAGAUAAAUUGAG